AUGCCGCUCAUCAAGAAACGCCAGCCACAGGACGGGGCCUCCUUCUUCCACUUUGACCUCGCCUCCCUCCGCCCCAAAUCAUCCCGCACCGCUACCCCCUCCCCCAACCCUUCCCCCGCCCCGACGCCGACCUCCCCAGCGCACUCCUUCUCCCCCUUCUCCAACAAUGCAACCUCAAAAGCCUCCAGGGGGUCCAAGGGGCACAAGUCGUUGAAUGGGAUGCCGAGUAUCCAACACGUCAUGGAUGCAUACGACAUUCCCACCCACCCUGCACCCUCCGCUGCCGAGCUAUACAAAGAGCGCGAGGGGAGGAGCAGAAGAGGGACGAUGAAGCUGCCGGUGAUGAUGCCCCCUCCGAGCGGGUCGAGCUAUGGGCGAGAAGGGCGGAAGAGGGAUAGCUGGGAGAUGGAAUGGGAGGCGAGGGGGGGAGUAGGGGGAGGGAGCAGUACGCAGCCAUCGACGCCCGAUGUGCCUUCGUUUCACGGUAGCCGACAGCGAACACAGUCUAUGAAGGUCCCCCCUGUGCGGCCGCCUCCGCUCCCUCCGGUACCCCCGGGCGCGGCAUGGGCCCCCCCUGUGGCGGCGGACGCCCGGUCGGGAUGGGAAGGCGAGGACGAUGCGCUGGUGAUGCUAGAGAAAUUGCGCGGGAGGGUGGAAGGGGACGGGUGGGGGUACGGGUCGAAAAAUGCGGGAGGUACGGCGAAGCGGCAUACUUAUACUACACCGCACGGCCCCCUCCCCCCGCCCCCGAACACUGCGCCCCUCACGAGAAAGAAGCCACGGCCACCUCCACCCUCACAACCGCGCCCCUCCCUCGAAAGCAUCUAUUCUCGGCACAGACCUGAAACGCAAGCGGCAUCGUACCGCCUCACUGGCCGGCAUAUACCCCCCGCCCCAGCGCCGAGAGGUCUGCCCCCCCCGCCCCCAGGUGCACACGUCGACACAAAGUCUUCUGUGGUUGGCACGAGAUACUCGAGUGCCUCCGAGAGAGCACCGCCGAUACCGAGACGGUCGAGCGCACGGCCGAGCUAUCCAUCUUCAAAACCCGACAGAGGUCCCGGAGGUCCCGCUCCGGCAUACUUGGGCGAUCGGUCGUACAGUUCUUUCCCCGCGAAUACCAGUUCGAUCAGUCUUCUCGACCCUUCCCAGCCUCCCCCCGAAUACCCCUCUUCAUUCAAUACCACCCCGAGACAGAAUACGCUUUCGACGAAUACAUUGAAACCUAGAGGGUUGACAGUACAAGACAUGUUUCGCCCCCGGUCGUCUACUUCUAGUAGCGGCACUCCGAGCGUCAGCGCAGGUGCCGGUGGACGGGUGAGAGAGUGGGUGAAAGUGGAUAGGAGGAUGGAGAGUGAUGAUGAGCGGGAAGGAAAGAUGGAAGUUAUCAACGUACCCGCAGAGAAUGUACCACGGUCACUUACUGGCAUUCCCUUACCCGGGCGAGGGGCGAGCGCGUCGAUAUCGCCCAAGUCUGGUACCAUGGGUCUACCUUCAGAAUGGUCAGGAUCGACGAGGAUAAAGACUGGUCCCCGAGAUGAACACUCGAUGGGUUUCUCAGCGCUGGACGAGCAUUACCCAAGUCAAAGCCUCGCCAAAGCCCAAUCCUCCACCUCACCUCCCCCUCCAUCAGCCAUGCACACCCGCCAAACCAAACCCCGCGCCAACACCUCCUCAUCCUCCUUCUCCUCCCACUCUGCAUCCUUCUCCCUCUCCCCCUCCGCCUCUGGCGGCCCACCCCCUACGACGCCCCGGCACAUACCGCGCAAAGCCAGUUCGUCCGCCCGAUCGGUUUCCAGUUCGAAUUCAUCGACGUCGGUCGUCUCUGGUGCUGUUGCUGCGCCGGGGAGUAGGGGCGGGCAAGUCAGUGGGAUGGAUGCUGUCGGGGGAUUACCGGAUUUCAGUGCUUUGGGGAGUGUUAUGAAGGGCCUCAGGGGACGGUUGGGGCAGAAGAAGGGCGGGGAGAAAGUUGCGUCGUCGCCAAGGUCACCACCGGGAGGGGCAACAUUGUACUCUCCUCCCAACUCGCAACAAAGCUCUCGAACGAGCCUUCCCUCGCCCUACCCCCAGGUACACAGCCAAAUCCAAGUGGACAGCCAAGAAGGUAUCGCCCGCCCCUGGACUGACCGGCUCGCCCCCGCCCCUCUCUCCCCCGUCAAACAACAGCUCCAGCACCAACACCAAGAAGGACAAGUGGAGGAUGUGUAUAUCAUCCCCCCGAGUGAGAGGAGCAAGAUUGGGGAGGAGGGGCGGAGUCGGAGCGGGAGGAGAAAGUCUGGGAGGAUGGAAAAGAUGUUUGGGCGGGGUUCUUCCGCUUCUACGCCUGUUUCUGCCCCUGUUUCUGGGGGCAGGCCAGAUGCGCAGACUCCGGCCGACAGGGAGAAAGAGGGGUAUGAGAGUACAAGUACGACCAUGGCCCCGGGUACGGGCAAGGGGACGAAGGAAGAAUAUCGCACGAGCGCUAGCGUCAGCGUAGCAGGUUCCGACUCGACUUCGGAAUGUUCCCUAUUCUUCAUCCCCAAACCGUCCUCUUCUUCUGAAGCCCAAGGGCAAGGAGCAAAGCUGCAAGGGGUGAAAGAAGAGUAUAGAUCGGAGAAGGAGGCGAAUGCGGCGAAACAUCAGUCGUUGCAUUUGGCGCAGGAACAGAGGGCUAGGACUAUGUUGGCUAGUUUGGCUUCCCCCACCACGACCUCCAACAACGCUUCCCCCAACGCGGCGCCACACCCACCAUCAUCCUUCUCCCCCGUCAACGCAAGCGCCCAUACAGACUCCCUGGGGCUGAACGGGUUGGUGAGGCCGACGGCGUUGACGGGGCAUACGACGCAAGAGUGGGAAGAAGACGAAUGGCAGAUCCACGCCCGGGAACAAGAAGAGAGGGAGAGGAAGGGGUUGAUGCCGCCACCGAGGCCGAGGACGAGGGGCCAAGGGUCGAUCUCGGAAGAGAGGGCGCCUGCGUUUGGAGCCGGGUCUCUGCCGCAGAGUAGUGCACAAGAGUUCUUACGGUCCCCGCCCAUCACGCCUCUACCCUCUCAAUCUUCUCACCCCCAAGCCCACCCCGCCUUGCCGAUCACACCAGCUACAACCCCGACACCCAUCUCAUCAGCUGCGCCCGACAAGCGCAAGAAGGAAGGUGGCGAGGAAAAGCGGCUGAGACGCAAACCGUCUGGUGUUGGCCGUGCGGUGGGGUUGGAAGUCGAGUUGGGUGGUGCGAGUGAAGGUGGGAAGGGGAGUGUGAAGAGGAAGGGGAGCGCGAGUGCGAGUGGUGGGCCUUACCCGACGCCGACGACGCCGAACCCGCUGGCUGCUUUCAAAAGCGCCAUUUCCACGUCUCCCUCCCCGUCUAUCCCUACCACCAUCCCCAAGGCCGCCCCGGCCCCAGCACCAGCACCAGCGCCAGCACCAUCGCCAUCGCCAGCGCCAGCUCCAACGACCAAACCUCUCCCCGCGGACCCAACCCCCCGCCCGAGUUCACCCUCCGUCAUCUCCACCACCUCCACCUCCACCCCCACCUCCGGCUCGGGCUCUUCCGCCGACUUUAUCAAAGAGCGAGAAGAGAAGGAGAGGCAGAGACGGGCGUUGAUGGAUAUGUGGUUGGAUGCGAAACCUAUCAGGGGGCAGAAAGGGUCUGGGUCUGGGUCUGGGACGGCGCCGUCGGCGUUUGGGGCUGGGAGGAAGGUGUCGGGCGGGGCGAGGCCGGGAACGAGUACGGGCCAGACGAGUGGGGAGAAGCAGUCGCUGGGAUGUUUUAGACGGGCGAGUUUGGACGGCAGGCGGUUAUCGGGCGUUUAG